AUGCACAAACUCUUAUCCGCUUUCCCGUUGGCGUGCUACCUCCCAGCCGCCCUCAUGCUCUGUGCUGCUGCCUCCACUUGGCCUAAUGCCGCGAUAACAGUGAAGAAGCACUUCAAUAGCACUGCAGCACAACUCCGGAGCCGCGAUCUGGCACGCAUUGACUAUCUCUACUCUCAACAAGCCAACGACAAUGUUGACACCAGCCGAAAGAGACAAUCGCAGACUAUUCUCAGUGCUGGCGCUAACUCUCACUAUACGGCAUCGAUCGGUGUCGGAAAUCCGCCUACAUUUUACAGCUUGAUUGUCGACACUGGUAGUGGAAACACCUGGGUCGGCAGCACACGCGCAUAUGUCCAAACAAACACAAGUAUCAACACUGGCGUCGACGUGGAAGUUCCGUAUUUCUACUACAGAGGCAACGGAAAUAAUGAGCUUUUUGGCACGGAAUAUCUUGACCAGGUCACUAUUGCUCCUGGAGUCACGAUCAUCAACCAAUCCAUUGGCGUUGGCCUUCCCAGCUGGGAGGGCGAUGAUUUUGUCGGAGUGGACGGUGUUUUGGGACUUGGGCCUGUAGAUUUGACUAUUGACACUUUAGAAACCGACAAUUCGGAGGUCUCUACAGUCAUGGACAACGCAUUCAGUCAAGGACUUGUCUCCCAAAAUGUUAUCGGCAUCUCGUUGGAGCCUAUUGAUGUCAACGGCCAUUUCAACGGCGAGAUCACUUUCGGUGGUGUGGAUCCCUCAAGAUUUGUAGGGUCUAUCAACUGGGUUCCCAUCGGUAUUAUUGUGCCGUUCUCUAAGACCGUCCAUUAA